AUGGAGCUGCCCCCUCCCGCCCGCGAGCGCCCGUGGCUGCUGGCUUACAACCGCAGGCUCCGGCACCUGCAGGGCAUCGCCCUCCGCAACCUCACCCUGACCCUCGCCCCCACGCGCGCCCGCGGCCGGACCAUCGACGACGCCGCCCUGCCCAGCACCCUCAAGUCGCCCACCAAGACCCUGGCCCUGCGCGAAGGCAAGCCACUCGCCUACUCGCGCUCCUCCAGCGAGCUCAAGAGCAUCGAAGACGAUGACCAGUUCGACAGUGCGCCGCUGCGCACGCCCUGCACGCCCAGCACGCCCACGAGACCAGCGAGGCCCGCCAAGGGCCUGCGCCGGCGCUCCACGUUGGAGUGGACCAACGCCAGUCCAUUGACGCGCCAGAAGCGCCUCGAGGACAUCACCGCCGGCCGCAUGGCCGACACCUUCUUCACCCUGCACGCCGAGGCCCACAAAGAGCCCGUGUACAUCUCCGAAGUCGCAGAGAAAGCCAUGAACCCCAACUUCAAGUUCUUCGACCUCGCCCCCUGCGGCCCUGGCGUCACCCGCCUCGACAAGCUGACCGUCAAGCUGUGGGCCAAGAGCGAGACCAUGACGGGCUGGCAGUUCCUCGUCGACUACACGCUCCACCUUGCAUCGCUCCAGUUCGUGGGCAAGACCCUGGGCGCCUUCAGACACCCCUUGCCCCAGAACUGCAUCCUGUUCCACAUGACAGACGGCAUAUACACCAGCUUCAUCGAUCUGCCCGUCCAGGCCAGGGCUGCCCACGAACUGCUUGCGCCGCCCAGAGAGAAUCCAGACGGCCGCGUCCUUGCUUCGUCCUCGUACGAUGCUUUGAUGCGACUGUCCACGCUCGACGAUUGCAUACAAGACGCUCUCGUCACAAGGGACCGCAUUGCCGACGAGAUUGAGAGCAUCCUCGAGUCCAACAGAGACGCCUUGUCCACGGUGGAGCAGGUGCCCGAGGCCGAGGAACGUCUACGAACGGUGCAGGUUGCGGUGACAGCGGAGCAGCGUCGGGUGCUCGCCAUGCGCAGACGGCGAGACGAGCUCGAAGCCAGCAUACGGUCGCGGACGGAGAAGAUGCAGGCUGGCCGCGAAAAGGGCGCGCUCAUCGCUUCCGAACUACCCACGCGGAAAGAGCUUCGCAAAGAAACGGAAGAGAACAUCGAGACUGCAGAGGAAGCAAUCGCCGGCCAACAAAGGCGCAUAUGCGAAGACCUGCUCAAAAUCUACCCCAUCGACCCCUUGCCCGGCAAGUCGCUCGCCUUCACCAUACGAGGCCUGCUGUUGCCCAACUCGCACUUUGACGACGCCAACCAAGACGUCACGUCAGCAGCCCUCGGCCACGCAGCCCAGCUUGUCAGCAUGCUCUCGCCCUACUUGUCGGUUGUGCUGCCGUACCCGAUAUCACCGCACGGGUCCACAUCCACCAUCGAGGACCCUCUAGCCAUGGGCCACAACAACGCGAACAACCCGCGCACCUACCCGCUCUACAUGAAGGGCGUCGUCCGCUACCGGUUCGAGUAUGGUGUUUUUCUGCUCAACAAGGACAUUGAGAUCCUGUCCAACGCCCUCGGCAUUCGGCCUCUCGACAUUCGACAGACGUUGCCCAAUCUGAAGUACCUCUUGUACGUAGCCACCGCCGGCAAAGGCGAGCUGCCCGCCAGAAAAGCAGGCGGCAUCCGGGGAUUGCUGAGGCCAAAUGGGCCCUCCUCCCGGAAGGGGAGCAUGGACAGCACAGCGACGGCCAGCAGCUUCGGCGGUGCGUCUGCAGUGGACAGGAGCCGGUUGAAGAUGGACCACGCGACGGCCAGCAGCUUCGGCGGUGCGUCCGCAGUGGACAAGAGCCGGUUGAAGAUGGACCACGCGACGGCCAGCAGCUUCGGCGGUGCGUCCGCAGUGGACAAGAGCCGUCUGAAGAUGGACCACCACGCGACGGCCAACGGUACGGCUGUGGGGAGUGCGAAGACGGUGCUGCCGGGAAGCAGACUCCGGCCGGUGGGGUGA